AAAAAGGCACUCUAGGUAUUAAAGGAGCUCCUGGGCAUUUAGGUCUAAAAGGCUUGCCUGGCAGCAGAGGUGAAAAGGGUGAACGUGGGUUAGCUGGAGUCAGGGGCGAAAGGGGGAGUGUGCUUCAAAUCCAAGGACCCCGUGGAUCUAAGGGUUCCAAAGGAGAAGCGGGUGAGCGAGGCCCACCAGGUUUUGAUGGUGACAAAGGAGAAAAGGGCGAGGACGGUCCUCCUGGAGUCAAGGGCAUAAAGGGUGACGCAGGCACUAAGGGGGCAUUAGGGCGUUUUGGAGCACGAGGACCAGUAGGCCAGAAGGGAGAUCCAGGAGAGCCGGGACUCAAUGGAGUAAUGGGUCGCAAUGGGGAUCAUGGAGGGGACGGGGCCAAGGGGGACAAAGGAGACAUGGGACUGCUGGGCCAGAAGGGCAAUCAGGGUGAUCCAGGAGAACCAGGCUUACCAGGAGACAGAGGGGAGAAGGGGGAGAAGGGUUUCAGAGGUUUACCUGGACGUAUUGGGAGUCCAGGCCUGGAUGGAGAAAAGGGCGAUAUGGGGUUUCACGGCACCCCUGGUAUACCUGGGCUGAACGGACUCACAGGGCGCAAGGGAGAUAAGGGACAGGGAGGCACCAAUGGUGUUGAUGGUGAUCCAGGAGUGAAAGGACACAAGGGUGCUGCAGGUUUCCCAGGUUUCCCAGGUUUUAAGGGGUCAGCAGGGAAUCCAGGAAUGGAUGGAGAUCAGGGACCACCAGCACCCCCAGGACCCCGUGGGGACACAGGGCCUAAGGGGGACAGGGGCAGAAGGGGCAAAACCAAACCAUGUCAGAGGGGAGCACCCGGGGCUCCAGGACUAAGAGGAGAGAGUGGUACACUGGGUAUUGAAGGAGGAAAAGGGGAGAAGGGGGAGCCUGGACUCUCAGCUGAAGAAGUGAAGGAGCUAGUCACCCUGGAGGUGGUAGAAAAGUGUGGGUUGGAAUACAAGUUCAUGGUAAAGUCUGUGGAUCCAGAUGGAACAACUGCAGUGACUGAGAGUAAAAAUGAGCCAGAUGAUGUGGUGAUAUCCCUCCACCAUCACCUCCAUAAAGAAGAGAUGGAAGAAGAAGGUGAAGAAGUGGAAGAAUAUGGAGACAAGCUGGGAGAAAUUACCAGUCCUGCCCCUGUGAUCCGACCAAACCGCACUGAUUCUCUUGAGUCAGGACAUAGGAAGAAAAGAAGCGUAUUUGGAACAAACACUGCUGUUUCAGCAGCAGACCGCUGCCUGGAGCCGAUGUCAGAGGGGGCUUGUUCAGAAUAUGUUCUGCUCUGGUACUUCCACCCUCGCUCAGGGGAAUGCAGGCCAUUUGUGUAUGGGGGCUGUGGUGGCAACAGAAACAGAUUCCCCACAAGACAUGAGUGCCAGAGUUGGUGUGAGAAGGAGAGGAGAGGUACCGAGGCCUGGAGAUGAAACUAGCAACCCCAUACAAGAAAAUAACUUUUGUACAUAACUGUGUAAAAUGUCAUAACUUUGUAUUUUAUAUUGGAUUUAUUUAUACAUUUUAACAGUGGUUUCAUUAUUGUUUUGUUUUAUGGACAAAGUGUUGAAAGUCAAAAUGUGAAUUUAUUUUUAAUGUUUUUGAAAUGUCAAAAGUGAUCAAUAUUCACACUACUGAAAAAUUAAAUCUGUCUUCUUUUUGUGUGUCUGUUGUGCUCGUCUCGUGUCUCUCCUCUCGAGUCUCUCCUCUCGAGUCUCUUUAUGUAACGCUCAGUCCCCUUUCUUAUGUUUUGUCAGUUGCCCUGCAUUCUGUGCAGUGAGAGAAAUAAGAAGCCGGUAGCUGAUU